GUGGCCUCCCACCAUUGCGAACCUGAACCUCUUCCGUCGUCAUGAACCGUUUCCCGUCAUCUCCCGCUAGGAAUAAGAUAUCCAUGAUAGCCCCGGGCCGAAUGCCAUAUUGAUAACCCCUAAGUUGUUGAGCUUGCCUCUUUGAAAGAUCAAGUUUAAAGCAGCCAGGCUCAGUCUCAUUAGUACAACAAGAGCGACCGUUGAACCCUUGACUACAGCUAGUGUUACAUACAAUGGAAUCGCCCCCAAAGGCAGAGCCUACCGCUGGCUCAUACCUCCUUAUCCUGAGCACGCUCGCUCUCUGCUACUACAUAACAUCCUCCCUCCUCGCCUGGUAUCGCCUCCGCGAGUUCAACGGCCCAUUCCUCAGCCACUUCUCCUACCUCUGGCUCAUGCGCACCCUUGGCAGAGGGAGCAUGGGCGAGCGCUUCGCGGCAGCAAACCAGCAGUACGGCUCGGGACCCUCUUCAACGAUACGCAUCGGCCCCAAUGAGCUCAUCACAUCCGACCCGGAGGUGAUCCGCCGCAUGUCAGCCGCGCGGUCCAAAUACGCCCGGUCCAGCUGGUACAAGCUCAACACGAUCGAUCGGUACGAAGACUCCAUGUUCAGCACGCUCGACACGGCCGCGCACGACCGGCUCAAGGCGCAAACGGCGCCGGGGUACGCGGGCAAGGACAACCCGGACCUCGAGGGGGAUAUUGAUUUAAUUAUGGCACAGAUGGUCGACAAGAUCCGCACAAAGUACGCGGCCAGGAAUCCGAGUGACAGGGCAAACAUGCCCUUGUUUGACUUCGCGCCCAUGGCGCAGUUCUUCACCCUGGACUCCAUCUCCAAGGUCGCUUUUGGCCAGGAGUUUGGGCUGAUCCGGCAGGAGAAGGACAUCUAUGGGCACAUCGAUAUGCUCAACGAGGUGGCCGCGCCCGUCGUGGUGGCCGGCGCAGUCCCGUACCUGCGGGCCAUCAUAGGGUCUAAGCUUGUGCUCAAGCUCGCUGGGCCGAAACCGGGAGAUAAGAGGGGAUUUGGGAGGAUCAUGCCAAUCGCCCAAGAAGUCGUCAACAAACGCUUCGGACCCGACGCAAAGGACAAAGAUGACAUGCUGGGCUCCUUCAUCCGGCACGGUCUGAGCAAGCGCGAGUGCGAGGCCGAAGCACUCUUCCAGAUCGUUGCCGGCUCCGACACCACGGCCACCGCCAUCCGCGCAACCCUGCUGUACCUCCUCACCACGCCACUCGCAUACCGCGCGCUGCAGACCGAGAUCGACCGGGGCAUCCGCACCGGCAGGAUCUCGAGCCCCAUCACGAAUGCCGAGGCUAUGGAGAUGCCGUAUCUGCAGGGUGUAAUCUACGAAGGCCUCCGCCUUUACCCGCCCUUCACCGGGCUGCCCUUCAAAGUAGUCCCCAGCCCAGAAGGCGACACAAUCGACGACAAGCACGUGCCCCCAGGGACGCUCAUCGCACCAAAUUUCUGGGCGACGGGGCGGCACCGGGGCGUGUUUGGGCGCGACGCCGACGUGUUCCGCCCGGAAAGAUGGAUCGAGGCGACGACGGAUGAAGAUGGGCAGAAAGCCGCCGAGAUGCGGCGGGUUGCUGAGCUUGCGUUUGGCUAUGGACGGUGGGGGUGCGCGGGCAAGACGCUGGCGUUUAUGGAGUUGAAUAAGGUUUUUGUAGAGUUGCUCCGCCGCUUCGACCUCCAGCUGGUGUAUCCCUACCGGCCGUGGAAGAGCUUCAACUACAACCUGUUCUUGCAGAGUGAGAUGUGGGUGAGCGUCGUGCUGCGUGAAGGACAAGGCGAUUAAUACAGAUGACGUUGGGUCGAUAAUGCUAUGGGUCAGCUGCGGGACUAUUAAUUUCAAACGCUGGAGGCUGUUAAAUGUACGUGCUGAUGAUCCGGUGAAGCUUUUCCAGCGACGAGCGCAGCGUGCUACGGUGAUGCCUUCACCAGCAUUUGUGCUCAAUCCCGAGAUAACGGCGCAGCAUCGGGGCCAAUCCGCCUAAACGGCCAAGAUUUGGCAAAUUAUGUCGAUCCGUGGCGGUCAGGGUAGCAUUCGCUGCAACAUCUUUUGCUCAAGUUCCAUAGCGUUCACAAGGAGCUUGUGCAGAUGCGGAGCUAUGAAACACCAAACCCGUCUUGGUGUUUGCACCUUUUCCUCGUCCCGCGACGUCACUGGGCCAGGAGAUUCCAAACUCAAAGACAACAGGGUUGAACUUAUCUAGAUCCCAUCGUGUUGUACCGAGUUU